AUGCCAUUCGCCAAAAGGAUUGUGGAGCCGCAGCUUCUGUGCAGGCACCAGAUCCCCAACGAUGAAGGUCUGCUUUUCGAGGACCUGUGUGCCAUCAGUAAUGUGGUUCUCUCCCGGACCUUGCGACAGCUCUCCGACCUGGCCCGGCACGCCUGCUCCUUAUUUCAGGAGCUGGAGAACGACAUCAUCAGCACCAACCAGCGGGUCUGGGUCCUCCAGAACAAAAUAGGCCAGAUACAGCAGACUGCCAGUGCCCUAGACCCCAAAAAGGAGGCAGUGCCGGUGUCAAACCUGGAUAUCGAGAGCAAGCUGUCAGCUCACUAUCAGGCUCCAUGGCACCAGCAACACAACGUGUUUCACCCUUGUACCCGACCACCAUGUCUGGAGGAGCUGCACAGGAACGCUCAGCUCAGUCUCAGAGCUCUGCAUCGAGACGAACAGCAGUGUCAGCGGUCCACGAGUCGGGAGAGAAACAGGGUGACUAUCUCUAUCUCAGUGGCACCCCCCAUGCCCACCUUCCCCUCACCACACACCAUCCGCCGGCAACAGAGGAGUCGCCUGGCAAGAGCGCAAGAGAGAGCAGAAAGGGAGCGAGAGUUAGACUAUCAACACAGGAAGGAGAGGACUGUGAGAGAAACGGAGAUCCAGACCAUACAAAGAAAAGAGAGACCAGGGAGAGAAGCAGAUAUUCAGACGAUCCAAAGAAAGUUUGAGUGCUUUUACUCACUUCACCCUAUUGAAGGUUGCAUCUUCAUUCCAUGGAGUAGAAAGGCUACCUCGACAGGGGAAAGUGAAGGUGGUGAGGUCUUGGGAGGCCAUAGAGCCAAGGCCUCAGCCCCCGGUGCCCCCUCGACCCAAGAUAAACAGACAAACUGGUCAAAGGAAAACGUCCCACCAUCAGAUCAGAAGACGUCUGGCGAUUCUCAUGCCAUCUCCUCCUGCAUCAUCCCCAUCAAUGUCACAGGAGUCGGAUUUGACAGGGAAGCAAGUGCUCGUUGCUCUCUGGUCCAUUCCCAGUCGGUUCUUCAGAGAAGAAGGAAGCUGAGGAGGAGGAAGACCAUCACAGGGAUACCCAAAAGAGUACAGCAAGACAUGGACUCAGAUGAAUCACCCGUAGCAAGAGAGCGCACAGUGAUCAUCCAUGCCAACCCACAUCAACUCUCUCUCUGUCAGGAAGACCUCUCAAUCAGUGGUCGCCUCCAUCACACUCGUGACUCUGGCUGCCAGACAGAUGAUUUCCUUAUAGCAUGUACAGCUGCUCCGUCCAGAAGGCGCAUUAGAGCUCAGCGUGGCCAUCAGGGAAUCCCUGCCUCUCUGUCCCAUUCAACAGGCAACAUUUCUUCUCUGGGUGACCAGUCAGAUUCCACAUAUACCACAGCUGCAACCCAUGGUGGACGUUUGCGUUCACGUAGCCUUCCACGAGAGGGUGGACGUCUGAUGGACAGCGACGAGGAUGAUGAUGACAAUUAUGAUGAUGAUGACGAGGACGAAGAGUUGUCACCAUACGAAGCAGAGGAUUUUAUUCCACCGGGCCCCAGUCCCAGAAUGAAGAUGAUGAUGAUGAAGGAUGAGGAAGAGAGCACAGAUGACCAGGCAGCUCCAGAGCCACUGCAACUUGGAAGCCUAAAAAGGUUGCAGCGAUCUGGGGAAAGAGACAGAGGGAGUGGAGGAGGUGGGAGUCCAGAGCAUAGCUGGAUGGAGAGGGGUCGUUCUCGUUUACCCCGCAAGGCUGACAUGGGCAGCUGUGAGAUCUCAUCAAGUUCAGAUACUUUCAGCAGCCCUAUUCAUUCAGUAUCUACAACAGGAGUACUAGGCAGCCAUGUGGACCACAAGGAGGACCACCAGUCGUCAAGCGGGAACUGGAGUGGUUCCAGCUCCACCUGCCCCUCACAAACAUCUGAAACUAUCCCUCCGCCCUCGUCUCCACCCCUGACGGGCUCAUCCCACUGUGAUUCAGAGCUGUCACUCAAUACCGUGCCCAAUGCCAUUGAUGAAGGAUUUUCUCUGGAUCCCUCAUACCACUCUGACCUCAGACCCCAGGGCCAGGGUCACAGAUCAAGCUCAUUCACUUCCUCAGCCACGGAUCAAUUAGACGAUGCAGGGGUGAGUACAGCAAGUGAGGGGGAAUGGACAUACCCUCCAGACCAAGACCAGACUGAUCCAGACCAAGACCCUGACCAGACCCAAAACCUGAGGCAAAGCCAUGGGUUAGCCCAAGAGUACGGCUCCAAACAGGGUCUAGAUGACUCAACCUGUUUCAGUGACAAAAUAAGCAACACUGAAAAGGAGGCUGGCUCUCAUUACCCACCCGAUACAGAGGGUUUCUACUCUUCUUCUGUGCAUUUUGGGGAGUGUAAUCAGAGUUACAGAGGAUAUAUGUAUAACUAUGCAGACCCAGGGCCUGACUGUGCUCAGUCCAACACUGUGGCAGCAACGCUAUCCCAUGGAGUUUACCCGCAGCCCUCAGCUGACUUCAGAGCAGGCACUAUGACCCUGGGGAGGAUCUGUCGUCCACUAAGGAAACCGAAAGUCAAACCUCCACCACCCAAACGUACCUCUUCACUGAAAGAUACCAGUAGUUGUGUUGACGUUGGAACGGACACGCAGGCAGAUCAGGAUCAACCAAAGAUGGUUAGUGAACAAGAGCUUACCUUGUCUUCCACAGAUAUGAAGCUGGACCUGGACCUAGAGCUUGGAGGUGCUCCAGAACCAUUACAGACAUCUUGUCUAGGGGCAGAGCCUUUGGGAACUUGGGGAAUGGGACUGGGUGAAACCGUGGACAUAGUAGAGCCCAUGUCCUUUAGCUCUGCAGAUACACACUCAUUUAAGGAUGAAGGUGCUGUGCAAUCUGACUAUGCAGACCUGUGGCUUCACAACACUGAGCUGAAGUCCAACAAUGAAACCCAAACCCAGGCCCUUGCACAGGCUUCAGAGACCAGGGCAACUACUCCCCCUCUACCACCAGGAGACUUCAAACUUGGGUCACCUGAGAAGCUGGCUGGCCUGGCCUCACCAUCAAGUGGCUAUUCCAGCCAAUCAGAGACCCCAACGUCCACCUUGCCCUCAUCUUCGGCAGCAUUCUUCCCAGGACCACUAUCUCCCUCAACCGGCAAGAGAAAGCCCAAAGUGCCCGAGAGGAAGUCUUCUCUCUCUUCUCUGCAGCACUUCCCUAGAGAUGGAGCUUCCAUUUCCUCUUGCUAUAAGAGAGACCCAGACUUUCCACCUCCACCGUCUCAACUUGAUCUCAAUGUUCUUCAUGGUGGCUAUGUCAGACACACACUAUCCCACCGUACACAUCACAUGCACACGCUACACCACAGCAAACACAGAGUUGCAAAUGUUAUUGCCACUGGAACAAAGUUAUUGGCCCCUGAGGCACCAAACACAAAUCCACCGCCAAGUUCAAACUCUGCUUUAACAAUUCCCGGCUCAAAUCUUUUGGCGAUAACACCAUCUGCUCUUCGUUCAGUGCAGCUACACUCUAUUAGUCAGCCUACUGAUCUACAGAGUACUUCCACUACAGACCAAGAAACAGCAAAUGCAGCAGAGACCGCAACAAGACCCAAAUGCCCUUCUAGUGGUUCUACUCUGGCUCCCCCACCUAUUACCACUAGGCCUCUGCCUCCUCGCAGACCACCUCCCAGACCACCAUGCCAUGACCAUAUUUCCUCUCCUGAACACUCACAACCACCUCCCCCUGGCCGCCACCCAGAUGGGCCUCCAUCCUAUGAAAGCCUGCUACUCAGACAGGACCGCUAUGGACCUGGAACCUUCUGGGCUAUGACGGCCUUCCGAACCCGUAUGGACCCAUCAUCUGACCUCAGUGAGGACAGCUCACCCUUGCAUCGACCUGUGCCACGUGCUCCUCACCCUUCGCCUGUGGAUCUACACACCCAUAUCCACUCGCACACAGAGUUCAGAGGUCUUACCCACUCAGCCCAUGCACACCCUGAGUUUAGGGUUUUGGGGGAGCGCUCGUUCUCCCAGGAUGAUGAUGACGAUGAAGACGACGAGGACGAAGAGGAAGAGCAGGUGAAAGAGGCGCCGAAGGCUGCAUGUUCCAGAGGAGGGAUGCGAUCAGAUCACCCUCCUCCCCCAGCGUAUGAGUUUGCCGGGGGAUCCCACUCAGACUCAGGGCCCUGGGCUAGUCCAGUCAAAGUGCCUGGUAACACAGUGGAGACAUCGCAUCCUUACCUAAUCAGCGAUGCAAGGAGAGGAGGACAAGAGGAGCAGGAAGAGGAGGAGGAAGUGACAUCAGGUGCUACCAGAAGUGCCCAUCAGCAGCUGCCACAGGAGAGCAAAGAUGAUUCCACCACUCCUGACACUGAGGAUUACUUCAGUAAAGGAAUGUUGUGUACUACAGAUUCCACACCCAGUGAUAAUUCACUCUCCCCUCUGACGGAUGACACCAAAGUGGAUGAUGACAUUAUUAUCACAUCACCCAACAAGACCCGUACAACUGAGGACUUGUUUGCCAUGAUACACAGAUCCAAGAGAAAGGUCCUGGGCCGUAAAGAUUCAGGAGACCUAAACGUGAAGUCUCGUCUCUGUCCGACAGCACCAGUGACCCCAAGCAAUGUCUCCACCGUAAUUAUCCCUCCCGCCCCUCCUCUCAACAUCCCAGCUAGCUUAGCCACGGCUGCUGGGUCACAACGAGCCCCUGUGCCAAUCUAUCGCAGCGCCAAGAAAUCCAGUACGUCAAACGAGGAGUUUAAACUCCUGCUGCUAAAGAAAGGUAGCAGAUCUGAUUCCAGCUACCGCAUGUCAGCUACAGAGAUUUUGAAGAGUCCUAUCACCCCUAAAACACCAGGGGAGUCCCUUCCAGAAGGGACCAUUAGACAGGCUGAGGAGACACCCUCUACACUUCAAGAGCCCCCCAUUCCUGGUCUGGAACCAAUCCAGAUACCUGGCCUCUUUCCACGCGCCAACUCUGAGAGCUUCACCCCCAAAACCCUGCCUAUGUCAGCUGCAUCUCGACAAGGACGUUCUCAUCCCCCUGUAGCCAACAGCAGUCGCUAUAGUACACGCAGUCGCCUCUACACAGCCCCCAUGCAAGCCAUUUCUGAAGGGGAGACGGAGAACUCAGACGGGAGCCCCCAUGACGAUAGAUCAUCUUAAAACCACCUGAUGAGAGAUGUCCUCUAUUCUUAGCUGUGUCCUACAUUUGAAAUGGCCCCUUCUACUUUUCUAAUCUUGGAUAGCUGUGUCAUCAAGGCCAAUGGUGUAAUUCUUGUGACACACAGAAUCUGACUCUGGCUGAUAUGCACCCAGUUAUGGAUAAACUAUUCUAUUUGAGGGUGUCAGACUUUUGUGAGAUACUGAAUCAAAAAGGGAUGAUUAUAAAAAACCUUGAGGAUAUACCUAAAUACUGUAUUAUCUAAAGAACAGCUCCCUCAUAGUAAAAAAGUGCAAGUCCUAUUUUGAUUGAACUGUCUUUUUUAAAAAAUUUAAAAAAGUCCCAAAUAUUUUGGAAAAUUAUGAUAAGAAAAGAAAUUUUGUGGAGUAAAGACAAAGUGAGUGUGCAUGAACAAACACAUGCAACAUCCACCAAUAUUUCUACUUCCUAUGUUUUGAAUGCUGUGGGUGCGUGUGUGUCGCUGAAGAACUGCUUUCUUAUAAAAAUUUAAAAUUCUUAUGACAUUGAAUAUUCUUUUAACUUAUGGUGCCCAAAGCAUCGGCCAGACUUCCCAGAGUCCAUGCUCAAUAUUCCCGCCAAUAAGCAAGGGUUAUUUCAUCGUGGGAGUUACUAACAACGUCUCAACACAGCAACAACUUAUCUAUUAUAUUUCCAUCUGCAGACCUGGCAUAGAGAGUAUAUCACACAGAGCCAAUCAUUUAUUUCUUCACAUAAAUUAUAUCCAAAAGAUAACAUGAUGCAUGUAUUUUUGUAAAAUUGCGCCUCAGAACAUGAUAAAGUUUCACCAGGUUGCAUGACCCUAUAUGGAAACAUCCCCUGGAUCCUAGUUUCUGUUGACAAUUGUGUGGUUCUUUUGUAUUAUAAGAAUAACAAAUCUUUUACGGCGAAAGAUUUUAGUGACAUUUGUGCCACAUUGCCAGUGAUCUCAAUUGAUUUAUCUUGGAUUUGAGUGUCGAACAAGAAGGAGCAAGGGCUUGCGCCUAUUUGUCUAAGAUAGAGGCUAAUUUUGGACAAUCGCACAGUGGCCUUUCUCUACUAGAGGUGGUUGUAAGCAGGGCAUUUAUAAGUCCCUGCACAUAUACAUGGAGCUGUGCCAUGUUCCACCAGAAUUCAAUCACAUACUUAUUUAAAACCAACCUUGAAAUCGAGUAUGCUUAGACUGAUUAAAGCUUUUCCAGCUGCUGGCCAGUCUUGCUGUGCUGACUUGAAGUGGAAAAGGUGCAUUUCAAAGCAGAUUUAAAUAUACCAUUGAGUGCAGACGGUGAAAAUGCUUUAGAAGGUCCUCAAUCGGUUUGACUAGAGGUUAUUUUGGAGAGGUUUUCCAAGAACCAACCUCACUUUUGCACUUCAUGAUUCUUCAAGAAUAUUCCUUGAAAAUAAAAUAUAUCUUAUAAUGAAAUGCAUAUGUAUAUUUGUACUGAAUAUAAAAACUCAUAUCUAUAUAAAAUGACAAGCAGAAAUUUUAUAGGGAGUCAAUCUGAGUGUAGCAAAGAAGAACAGGUCUCACUGACAACAUUACACAUGAAUCUUAGCAAUGUACACUGUUCUCCUCUCCUUGUUGCCUCUCCUUCAUUUGCACUGACCCAGUAGCAUUAGACAGGUGAAAGCUCAAGCCAGUGGCUGGUGUACACCGUUCUGUCUUACCCUCCAAACCUCAUAUCACAAAAUCUGAAAGAGAGGAGACAAGAGGAGGAAAGGGCAACAUAACACAAAUAUUUAACAGUCAGCAACGCCCCGUUGUGUUGCUGCAGCCUUUUCUAUCCAACACUCCAGGGUUUGAGUACGCCAUAAAAUCUUUGUCAUCCUUCCAAUAAAUGUUACACAUGUAAAGCAUCCAGUGUGUUUCAGAAGCAAACUCUCAUCAGUGAAAAGCUUGAACUCUCACCUGCCUACCACAGCAAACACAACACAUAUACUUCUUACAUUCAGAGACCGUACUUCAAUAGAAACCAUUCACUGUAUUCUGUGAAUACCUCAGCAAGCAUAUUACUGUUUUAUUGUAAAUGAUAGAUAGAUAGAUAGAUAGAUAGAUAGAUAGAUAGAUAGAUAGAUAGAUAGAUAGAUAGAUAGAUAGAUAGAUAGAUAGAUAACAAACCACAACUGUUUGAAACUCAGCGAAUCUCAAUUGCAGAACUGACACUGUGUAAGAUGGAGAGAGUAAAAAGCUGUGAACUGAUUACUAGAAUUUUACAUUCAUCAUACCCAUAUUGCUGAAGCGCACUUGUUCCUGUUCAUUGUUUUAUUUGUUGUGUUUUCUAUCGCAUGCAAUAAGUAAAGGGGGGGAAAAAAGGAGAAGAAAAGAAAAGGACACCACAAAAUCAUUAUUUUUAUCAGAGGGAUGUCUCCAUGAGAAAAGAUUUUGUAUUUUCUGUUCAAAUGUCAAGUUCAAUAGUGUGUUCUAUAGAUGUACAAACUGUCUGGCUAAUUCUGUUCUGUAUAGUUGUGAUCACAAACAGGGGUUUAUCUUGUACUGUAUAUCUACUCACUGGACAAUCAUACGUAUAAGAGACUGUAAAGAAAAUGAUAUAGAAUCUGUCAGGAGGAAGAAUCUGAACACUUUUGGUGCUGGGUCCUAGCCAUGCUGGAGCUGUGGAAGUGAGAGAAAUAUUUUCCAGGAGAAACUGCUGAUUACGUUUAAAGUGCAUACCUGGACAACGUUGGAUAAAAUGUACAAAUUGAAAAGAAAAAAAAAAAAAAAAUAUAUAUAUAUAUAUAUAUAUGAAAACUGAAAAUAUAUCAAUUCAUAAACCCAAUAACUAGCUUGAUCUGAUCAGAAUGUCACUUUUUACUUUGAAAUCAUAGCUGAAUAGUUUGGUUCCCACAAAACAUCAUCACUGAAUAUUUGAAAUAAACUAACGUGUAAGGAUAUUACAGUAUUACAUGAAAAUGCAGCGUGACUCUGUGAAUUGCCAUUUUAAAAUGCUCAAAAGUAUCUGACCGUUUGUUUAGUGUGACUUUUCCGUACUGUACGUGGCAUUGACGCCACAGACGUAUUUCAAGACUGUUUCCUUCAUUUGUGAAAGCAGUGGACAGAGGAUGGAUUGACACGGUUGAACUGGAAGGACAAACUUUGAGGUUGCCAUGUAGACUCCAGUUUAGCUCUCAUUUCCCCCUGUCAAAGUCCUCAGCAGCUUGGGAACACAGCAAAGAAAGAAUCUAUAACUUUUAUAGAUUUUUUUUCCCAACCUGUUUAUAACGUCUGCACGUAAUUUUUCCCUAAAGGGAAGUAUUACAACAACCACUUGAUAUUUUUAUUCAGAGGUGUACAGUAUGGAAUAACACUAAACAAGACUUUAAAAUAUGUGACAGAAAACAGAAAAAAUACAUUGAAGACAAAACUGUAACUAUUUAAAAGAAGCUCCAUGUUUAAAACUAGCUAGGAUUUAACAGAUUUGAAUCACUUUUGUAUUUUUGUAUAAACCUGUAAAUAAGUUUUUAAAGAAAAAAAUGUUGCAAAUUCUUUCUUUUGUAAAAUAAAUCAAUAAAAGGUUAAAAAAAACAAAAAGUUUUUUUUUUUUCAAAGUUUACAUGAUUAUUUCCAAGCCUUUGUAUAUUUUGGAGCUGUGCAACACCUUCAGUCUUGUAUUUAUUUUUUUGGGCGGGUGGGAGGGGUUACAACAUUGUGAAAAUUCCAUUAUUCUAUAUCUAAUUCAUUUUAACAGCUCACCAGGCUGCUUAGUAACUGUGCAUAGAAAAAAAUCCAAUAAAUGUGAUUGCAAUGAAACGGAA